GUUAUUGUUUGUUUUGUUUGUUGUUUGUUUAUAGGUUUAGUUUGAUGGCAUUAAUCUUAACCUAGGCUCAACCAAAAUAACAAUUUUCUAAAAAGAAAUGCACUGGACCCAUCUUUGAGAGAGGUGGGCCGUUUCUCAAGACAAACCCCAUAACUCAACUAAGUGACAGCGAUGGCGGGUUCUUCAAAGUCGGCUUACCAAGCGUCUCCAGAAGAAGAACUGGCGGCCAUUGACCAUGAACUUUCACAAGUUGCUUCAGAAAUCGAGAAUUUACGUAACAGGCAACAAUACUUGCAGCAAAGGAAAGAGAGCAUCAAAGGCCGCCUUCUUUCAUUAAAAAGUGAAAGAGUCUCUGCAAAAGAUUGGAAUGGCACUGAAUUUCCCUGGUCAGACAAGCUGGAGAGUACUCUCAAAACAGUUUUUAAGAUCAAUGAAUUUCGACCUUUCCAGCGUGCAACUAUGAAUGCUGUGCUUUCAAAGGAAGAUACCAUUCUUUUAAUGCCAACUGGUGGAGGGAAAAGUCUAUGUUAUCAGCUGCCAUCACUUGUAACGGAUGGCUUUUUCCUUGUUGUCUGUCCUUUGGUGGCAUUAAUGGAGGAUCAAAUAAUGGCGCUGGAAAGAAACAAUAUUUGCGCCUACAUGCUCAGUCAGUCUACGCCAAAAGAUGAGAAUAAGAAAGCUAUGAUGGCUAUGACAGAUAAGAAAGCCCCUAUGAAAUUGCUCUAUGUUACUCCUGAACGUAUGUCUAAAAGUAAGACGUUUAUGAACAAAUUACAACAGGCAUAUCAAAUGGGACGGCUCUCAUGUAUAGCCAUUGAUGAAGUUCAUUGUUGUUCACAGUGGGGUCAUGAUUUUCGCCCAGAUUACAAAUACCUUGGUGUGUUAAAGAAUAUGUUCCGUGGUGUACCUUUAUUGGGGCUCACUGCUACUGCUACUACAAAAAUAUUAUUGGAUGUCCAAAAAAUCCUGCAAAUACAAGGAUGUUUAGUUUUAAAAUCUUCAUUUAAUCGCCCUAAUCUAUUUUAUGAGGUAAGACCAAAACCAUCAUCUCAAAAGGAAUAUCUAGAUGAGGUUGAGGAUCUGUUAAAAAUUAAAUAUAGAGGAAAAACUGGAAUCAUCUACACUACCACAAUCAAGGACACUGAAGAAACUAGCAAUCAAUUAAGGGAUCGAGGAAUAAAGUCGGUCUAUUAUCAUGCAACUAUGGAUCCAAUAUUGCGUAGCAAAGCUCACACUGGUUGGUUGGAUGGAAAGUAUCAAGUUGUUGUGGCAACUAUUGCUUUUGGGCUUGGCAUUGAUAAACCUGAUGUUAGGUUUGUUCUUCAUCAAUCCCUUUCAAAGUCUAUGGAAAAUUUUUACCAGGAAAGUGGACGAGCAGGGCGGGAUGGAUUGCCUGCAGACUGUAUAGUGUUUUACCGUCUUCCUGAUGUUUUUAAAGUUAGCAUCACAGUUUUCUCUCAGCACCUUGGUCUUGAAAAUUUGUAUGGUAUGGUUGAAUACUGUAUAGAUAUUGGCAGUUGUCGGCGUUCUUUGAUUGCAAGUCAUUUUGAUGAAGUGUGGGAGAGUGCUGAAUGCAAAGGGAUGUGUGACCAUUGCAAAAGUCCCUUUCAAGUAAACCAGAUAAAUUUACAGAAGCAUUGCUUAUCACUGUACAAAAUAAUUGACCAUGCUUCUGAUAAAGACACUAAGCUUACAAGUCAAAAGCUAUUAGAGGCAUGGUUUAACAAAGGACCAACUGCAUUAAGAGUGCCAAAUGCAAAAUCUCCUUCCAUUUCCCAAGAGAAAGCUGAAGCAAUUGUAGCAUUUUUACUCAUUAGCAGUUUUUUAAGAGAGGACUUCCACUACACUGCAUAUUCAACCUUGAGCUACAUAAAGAAAGGACCCCGAGCUAUUGAGGUACAUGAUGGUGAAGUCUUAAUGGAUGUUCGAGGUGUCAAGGUAAAAUCCAGUUCCUCCACUGAAUCCCCACAUACAUCAGCAGUGAAAGAGGGUAAUGGCAAAGGCCCCUCACAGAAGGCUUCCUCUUUAAGGGAAUCUUUGUCAAAGACAGAAAAUAAUUCAGCUGUCAAAAGUAACAACUCAAGAAAAGCCACAAAAAAAUCUGGAACUUCAUCUGACAUUGCAGAGAAUGUGAUAAAUAUUAGUGAUAGCAGUGACACUGAAGAUCUUCAACCGAAACGAAAGAAAGGAAAGAAGUACAUUGAUUCUGAGAGCAGUGAUGGCUAAAUGUUAAGUGUGUUCAAUGGUUUUAAACACAUGAAAUGCUUUGGUGGAACUGGACAUGAAACUAUUGUUCACAUCAGGCAGUCUUCGGUAAACCAAUCAAUAAAUAAUUUAUUUUCUUAGU